UGGGCCUGUCUGCGGUGGGCUCAUCCUUGAUCUGUGCGGAUGGCACAUUCGCGCCUCCACGGGACGAGGGGUCACCGGGGAUCGGCGAGGGCCCGGUAGGGCCGGAGACCGAGGAGAAUCUGACCCGUGCCCACAAUGCUGGCAGGAGCCGCUCCGGGCCUUCAAAGCCGUUCCGGAGGCGAGGGCGCCCGUGUGUGGCGUGCGCAUGCGCGAGUGAGUGUGCGCAAGUGUGUCUGUGUAUGUUCAUGAUCCCAGCAGCGUGUGCAUAUGCCAACUGGACCCACUGAGGCACAGUGGCCAGAGUGGGGACCACAGCCUGAGUGACAUGGACAGGACCUGAUGCUCCCGAGACCACAAGUGGGUACCACUGCCUGCUCUGGGGACCCAGCCAGGCCUGACGGGGCUGAGGGCUGCCUGUGGACGGGGACUCCCAUCAGCAGAGUUCCGCUGCACAAGACCCUGCACGACGGUCUGACCCUCCCCCCACCACACUUAAGGGCCCUGCUCUCUGCCUCGGUUGCUCUGGUCCAGCCCCCCAACCCCGGCCUUGUACUUUUCCUCUCUGACCCCAGUCAUGGUCUUGCCCAAGGACCCUUGCACCUGCUGUGCUUGCAGCCCAGAACACUCACUCCAUCACUUCCAUCAGGUCUGCGCUCAGAAGUCUCCUUCUCAGUGAGGCCUGUGCUGGGGGAAGAGCAUUCCAGGCAGAUGGAACAGCCGGUGCAAAGACCCUGAGAUCUGGUAGAGAUGUGAAACCGAGGCAGCAGCUUGAGAAGCGGGGAUGGAAGGACUCUUGACCGUGGGCGGCCCCCAGGAAUCGGAGUUGGGAGAAACCUGGAAACACGGGGCUCAGCUCAAGGGCCGACACGAAAGCUGUUUGAAGCAAGAAGCCGAGGGCCACGAGGGGGACCCCACCGGGGCCGGCCUCCCGGAGCGCGAUGAGCUGGGCGGAAUCCCAGGAACCAGAUUGAGACUCCCCACCCCCGAGGUGGGCAGCAGGCCCCAGAGGCGGGGGCCGCCCAGGAAGAGCCCCAAGCCGAAGACCACAGAGGCCAGCGAGGAGGAGCGCGGUGGCGGCCGUAGGAAGCUGUGGGAGUGCGAGGUCUGCGGCAAGGCCUUCAGCUACUGCUCGGCGUUCACACUGCACCGGAGGACGCACACCAGGGAGAAGCCGUUCGCCUGCAGCGAGUGCGGCAAGGCCUUCAGCCAGAGUGUCCACCUAACGCUGCACCGGCGUACGCACACUGGCGAGCGGCCCUACGCGUGCCCCGAGUGCGGCAAGGCCUUCAGCCAGGGCUCCUACCUGGCCUCGCACUGGCGCGUGCACACGGGCGAGCGGCCGCACCGCUGUGCCGACUGCGGCAAGGCCUUCGCGCGCCCCGCGCACCUGGCGCAGCACCGGCGCGUGCACACGGGCGAGCGGCCCUUCGCGUGCGGCCAGUGUGCCAAGGCCUUCGGCAGCCGCGCGGCCCUGCGCGAGCACCAGCGCAUCCACACGGGCGAGAAGCCGUUCGCGUGCGCGCAGUGCCACAAGGCCUUCCGCUUCUCCUCGGCGCUGCUGCGCCACCAGCGCACCCACACGGCCGAGCGGCCCUAUGCGUGCGGCCAGUGCGCCAAGGCCUUCACGCAGAUCGCGCACCUGGCGCAGCACCGGCGCGUGCACACGGGCGAGAAGCCCUACACGUGCCCCGAGUGCGGCGCGCCCUUCAGCCAGAGCGCCUCGCUGGCCGAGCACCGGCGCAUCCACACGGGCGAGAAGCCGUUCGCGUGCGCGCAGUGCGGGAAGGCCUUCACGCAGGUGUCGCACCUGAGCCAGCACCGGCGCGUGCACACGGGCGAGCGGCCCUACGCGUGCCAGGACUGCGGUCGCGCCUUCAGCAACCGCUCCCACCUCGUGCAGCACCACCUCGUGCACACGGGCGCCAAGCCCUACAAGUGCCUGGAGUGCGGCGCCGCCUUCAGCCACGUGUCCUCCCUCAUCGAGCACCAGAAGAUCCACACGGGCGAGAAGCCCUACCGCUGCGGGGACUGCGGCAAGGCCUUCGGCCAGGGCUCGUCGCUCACACUGCACCGGCGCACGCACACGGGCGAGCGGCCCUACGCGUGCCCCGAGUGCGGCAAGGCCUUCAGCAACCGCUCCUACCUGAUCCAGCACCACAUCGUGCACACCGGCGAGAAGCCCUACGAGUGCGGCGGCUGCGGCAAGGCCUUCAGCUUCUCCUCGGCCCUCAUCCGACACCAGAGGACGCACGCCGACAAGAAGCCCUACUCAUGCAGCCAGGGCCGGGAGGCCUUUGCCCAGCUGCCGCACCUCACCCGACACCUGAGCUCCCACCAGGAGGAGAAGCCGGUCGGCAGCAGCGACCUUGUGGACACCGCGCUGGACCAGCAGCAGAAUAACGGCUGACGUUUACCAGGGCCUCCUUCUGCCAGGCACUCCUCUGAGCACUUUCACACCUCAUUUCCAACCUCAAGGCACCAGGGGGAGAUACCCAUCGUCCCCAUGUUGCCCGUGAGGAAACCAAGGCUCAGAGAAGCUCAGUGACUUGCCCGAGGUCACACAGGGAGGAAGUCACAGGGCUGGGACUGGACCCCACAUCUGCCAGACUCCCCUCCAGCGCCUCCCUGGUUCAGAAUUACAAAUGUGACCCUCCAGAGUGGACCCAGAGACAUCUCUGUGGGUCUCUGGCUGGCCUUUUAAUUGAUGUUAUGAUUGAGUCGGCAUUUGUUCAAUAAAUGUAAUUGAAUAAAAGGUCCAUCCCCCUUAGUGAGGUUCACAUAUUAACUAAGCAGGAUCUGAAGGAGAAAUGUGGAUUCUCUAGGACUUAAGACAGUGCUUCUGACAUCAGAGAAAAUGAGUGGGAGAAAUCAUAGCAGGAAUAGUUAUUCUAUGCAUAUAUAAGCACAUGUUUAUACGAAUGUUUGUUUCUAUCAUAAAUAUGCUAUAAAGUUGUAUAGUAGACAGUACACCGACGGUGCACGUGGCAUGCAGUUUUCCAUCCUGCUUUUGUUCACUCGUAUUCUGAGGCACCCUGGAUCGUUAGGCAAGGGGAUGGGCAUUCUCCUUUCGCAACGUUUGGAUCUGAGGUCUCUUAGGUAAUAGAAUCACUUAUGAUUGUUCUGAUCUUCUUGCUGAGGUUUCUUUGGCUCCAGAAAAAAAAUCAAUGAAAAAUAUUUUUCAAUUAUGAGUUAAGAACACCUUUCUUACAAGGUUGACCGACAAAUUGUCCUGUGUCAUAGGACAACACAGCCCCUUCUGCAUAAAAAAGAAUUCCCCGUGUUUUAAAAAAAUUUUGUUGUGGUUUUUCAAUUAUACAGAAAAGUGUGAAGUACAAUAAACACCCAU